UUUUUUUUUUUCUUUCAUUUUUUUUUUCAUCUUGUACGCCUAUACCCCAGCAUCACACACCAGCAUUUCGAUUAAACGAUAGAAAAAAGAUGGAAUACGUAGCAGUGGAAGCAAUAAAACAUUAUAACGGCGGCAUCAUGUUCGUCAGUUACCUAGUAGCAGUUGCUGGAGCACAAACAACAUUAGAGUUAUUAAAUAGAAGGACACACAUUAGUGGUAUCUAUAAUUGGUUUUUACUAUCGGCUGCAGCAUUUUCAAUGGGAGCUGUUAGUGUAUGGGCAAUGCAUUUCAUUGGCAAUAAUAGUCUCAUGUUGCAAGUUCGAGGCGAUAAAUACCAAUUAAAUUAUAGCGCAGGAUAUACAUUUGGUAGUCUGAUUGUGGCUAUCGCUUGUAUGUUCAUUGCAUUUGCCUUUGUCGGUAUCACCGAAGAAGCACGUUUCGCUAGAAUCCUUCCAAGCGGAAUCUUUGCCGGGUUGGGCAUUGUUUGUAUGCAUUAUAUGGGUCAAUUCGCCAUCGAUUACUUUGUACUCGUUUACCUUAAUUCAUAUAUUGUCGGCGCAGCAUUUAUUGCAAUGACCGCUGUCACCGUCGCGUUGUAUAUAUUUUUCAAGUUACGUGAACGUUGGAUGGACACUUGGUAUAAAAGAUUUGGUUGCGCCCUUAUCAUGGGAUUGGCCGUAUGUGGCAUGCAUUACACAGCUUUAGUGGGUACCAUCUUUUAUAAACCUAAUUACUCCAGCGGUCCACCCGUUCCUAAAUUACAAACACCUGCUUUAAUCGGUAUCAUUUCUGCUGUAACAGUAUCUGCCUGUAUUGGUUUAAUCUAUUUCAGUAUUAAAACCGGCAUCAAAAAUCUCCCGUUGUACAUAAAAAACACAAACAAACGCCUCAUAUUGGAUUCCGUCAUUUUCGAUCCCAUGGGACGAAUUCUCGUCAAGAUUGAUGGUACUUUGCCCAUGACUGAAAUCGUACACAACCUUGAGUUAAAUGAAACAAAACAAUCAUUUACCACAAAACAUCCUUUAUUUAUUCGUCUAUACGAAGCUGCCGUCAUGAAAGCCUCCCUCAAAUAUAAUUCAGAUAAGAGACCAUCGGGCAUUUCCAGUACUUCAUCUAUAGAGGCUUACGAAGCCAUCGAAAGACAGUUCCUGAACGCCACUCACGAAUUAAGAGACGAACUCCGCUUUGAUCAUUUUGACGAUCUCGGCAUUCUCAGUGAUAUUGUCGUCACCACAGAUACGAUUUCCAAAGCAACCAUGUUCAACAAGAGUCAAGUCUUUCGAAAUUCAUCAGGUACCUCAUUGGCUAACCUGGAAGUCACGUCAGGUACACUCCACCAGCGAUCCGAAGAGGAAGAUGAAGAAGACAUGUGUUCCCACCCUACCACGAAAAAGAAAAAACCUCGUCAUAAAGACGGCAAGAAAAAAUCUUCAUCAAAAACAGUAGCAACAACGACAACAGAUGGAUCAGCUCGUAAAUCUACUUCUUGGAGCGUUAUGAAAUCGUUUGCAGAUGAUGAAGAAACCGUGAUUGAAGGUCUAGGCAAAAGAUCGUCUGGUAGCACCACUAUUGUCACAAAUGGCGUUCGAUCUUCAUCUGACGAAGAUGGCAAGUCUGUCAAUGAUCGAUUAUCAGUAGAAGACUCCGAUGGUGAAGAUAAGCAUAUCUUUUUGGUACGCAAGUUGGUUGACGAUCGUGAUGUAUCAAAAUUACUCUCUCAAGGUUAUCGAUUUGCUGAACCCAUCUUUAUUGCCAAAACCAUGGCUACCAAAUUACGUAUUCCUACCGAUUGGAUGCGACAACACUUUUUAGAUAUGCAGCAAAUGUCGGAUUCCGUCUGUGCCUUAACCCAGCACGACUGGUUACCUUCUACUGUUGAACCUGCUCCUAACCCCACUGAAUUCAAGGCUUCCACCAAAAGCUCGGUCUAUCUUGGUGCAUUUGUCUUGCUAGAUGAAACACCAGAAUUGACAAAUACUCAGAUUGUCAUUGAUAAAACAAAACGAUUUGCUUUCCCCAUGGAGGAAAUCGUAUUGCAUGAUCAAUCGGAUGCUCCUACAUGCUUGAACGAAGAUGAAAUUUAUUUUGUGAAUAAUCUUCAAGGUCACUCAUUAUGUGAUUUUGCUGCACUUUCCCAACUUGUCGCUACCGAAUAUAGUCACGGCGAUCGUAAAUUGCCCAGUGUGCAAUUUAUUCGAUCUUUGGAAAAUGCUGCCAGAAAGAUACUCGAGGCUACUGCUUAUACCAAGGCUCUGUAUCUAACCUCUAAGUUACAUACAGCUGUACUUGACAUUCCUGCUUUCUCCUUAACAACUGGACCUUGCCAAUUGAUCGUGUUCAAAUCAUUUAUCACCAGCAAAGGUGCAGUAGCCGCUAUCAACCAUACGUUUACAGAGCCCUUGAAAUGUGUCCCACUCAAGAUUUAUAAAUUGCUCGCUGGCUAUAUCACGGAUGAAGCUGCUCGUAUCUAUCAAGCCAGUACAAGUAUGCAAUCAAUGCCUACAUAUUUACUUCAACAACAAAUGUAUCGACAACAAGCGGGUAAUUAUGAUUCAAAACGACUUUAUAGCAGUAGCGGUGAAGAUGAUAUUCCGAUGGGACCCAUGUUUGCAGAACGUAUUGAUACAAGUCAUAGUUCAAGCAGUGCUCCUUCUCCGGUAGAUCCUUUCUCUUUACCUCCACCACCUAGAGCUAAACGCAACCGAUUCAAAUUAAGUCAUGUUAUGUCCAGUAAUUCGCCAUUUGAUCUUUUAACACCGUUGCAGGAUCACCAACCGAGAUCUCCGACUAAAACUUUACAGUCAGCACCCUUAACCGUAUUGGCGACUCAGGACCGGUUCUGGUGGAUUAAUUCGUUUGUUGAAGAAACCAUUCACAAUUAAGAAAAAAAAAUGUGUGAUUUGCGUAUAUACCCCCUCUAUGUUAUUAUUUCAUUUGUAAACAAGUAUACUUUUAUGUUUCUAUAAAUAAAAAACAAAUUAAAAUUACUCAUCAUAA